UUUCUGCAGACGUGGAAAAAUGAGACUGAAACCGAGCAGGAGAAGCGCUCUCCAAAGGAACGGCCCGUCCUCUUGUCAAAAGACAUAGAGUCCAAAGUGUCCCUGCUGGAGCGGGAGCUCAACUACCUGCUCAACAAGGCCAAAUUUGCCAAGCCCAAAGCCAAAGCCAAGAACAGCACAAGCACUGAUAAAAGCAGCAAGGCCAACAACACCACCAAGGAGAAGGUCAUCCCCUCCACAGAGGAAAGCACAGACUCAAAGAGUGAAAGCUCAGAGGAGGUACAGCCAGGGGAAGUCCCGCCCACUGAGGAGAGCGCUACAAACACGGACUCGGACAGCCAAUCACAGCCCACAGAAGAAUCAACAACCACAGGAGCAACAGAGAAGACCCAGCCUGAGAAGCACAUAGAGGAUGAAUUAUAACAGCUGGAACUGGGAAAAAUCACUUUAUUUAUUGAUAGUGUAUAAAUGUUCGCGUUCCUUCUCACUCUGUUUGUUUUUUGUUUAAUUUUGUCCUUUUGUCCUUGUUUAUUGAACCGCUGGAAGAUAAGGAUUGGAGACCACUCAGCUUGUCCCCUUCUUCUUCUGUACUCUCAUCUCCUCCGUCUCAUGGAUUCUAUAAGCUACCGUCACUCAAACACCAAGAAGCAGCAAAACCAAAAUAAAGCCCAGAUGCAGCUCCAAAGCACCACCUCACAUCCAGCAAACUGCUGAUGGAGAGGAGAUGAGGCCGUGCUGGGCCGUGUUGAGACCAUCCGGACAUUUGACAGGCCAAGUGUGUGUAUUCUCUGGUCUGUCCUCAAUGGACACUUCCUGUCCUACUUUGUCCUCUGCACUGAUUUUGUUUCUGUAGCUGGGAGGUUAGUAUUGGUCUAAAAGCUGCAGCUGCUCUUUCCCUGGCCGAGUGGUGGUGAUCACUGACUAUUAACCUGCUGCUUAAUAGUCCUUUAGAAUUUGUUUUUUCUCCAAACCAGAAUUUAGCCAAAUAAGUUAUAGAUGUAUUUGUACCAUUUAUACUGUAAUCACUUACAGUAUAUUUAAAACUAUGUGGUAGUAAAGUCAGUUGAAUUUUCAUUUGGUUAAAGAAUCUGUCAUAAAUAUUCAUGGUUUAAUGGUAUAAUAUAGGAGGUCAUAAUAUAUUUACCAACUGGGCUAAAGAGUGGCUGUCAAUUAAGAAAGACUCAAUUCUAUGACCAUGUAAACUAGGUAUAACAUGCAGGUAUAACUGCCUCGUCUAUUAACAUAUGGUGGACCUCCGUGUUUAAAAGCAGAACUACUGAUGGUGGCAGAUCUACUGCCACCUGCAGCUCAUUCAGAUCUAAUGCCCCCUGCAGCUCAUUCAGAGCUUGUUAUUUUCCCAAUUAGUGUCUGAAUACAUUCAUGAUAACCUCUCCUUUAAUGUGCAAGGUUCAGACCGUUUGCGUCCAUCAGGCAGCACUUGUUGCCCCCCCAGCUGCUCCUGUAUGUGUAAUACACAUAUGUGUGCCAUCUUUCUGCUGGUGCGGCUGAGUUCUUUCUGAUCCAACUGAAACUUUGAUUGUGUGCCAGGCACAGUGGGCACUCCAUCUUUAACAUUUCAUAAGCUGCUAAACAAUUUAGAGGGAGGGGGGGGUCAUUUGUAUCUUUACCUGGACAUGCCCUGUGGUGCAGAUGUUGUCUCUGUUUUCUGCUGGAACGUUUUGAGGGGGGGGGACUGUUUGUUGCACUGUGGAUUAUUUGAAGGGGAGAACUGUAGAAAACAAAGUCAGGAAUGGAAGAUGCAAACAAUGUUGUCUUUCUAAACUGUUAAUAAAAAACUCUUUUUGUUUUUAA